GUGUGGGAUACAUGUGAGAAGCGUGAUGGGCCGCGGACUGGUGAGAACAGAGGUGGGGCGGGGGUGAGAAGCGCAGGUCAGCCAGGCUGCGAUUCGCGGUGGGAGAAUAAUCGGGCUGCGCACAUCUGGCCGGCACUUGCAGUCUCCUCUCAUUUAGAUUCCCAUAAUUUCCUCCUUUCGAUGAGGAGGAAAGCCAGGUUCGGAUAGGUUAGGUGGCAGCGGAGGGUGGGGGCCCAGGGGAGAGAGCGACAGCGGAGAAAGGGGCGAGCGCUGAGCUCCAGAAGAGGCGUGAGCUGCGCGCCGCAGGGGGGUGGGCGGCGGACGCCGGAGGAUCGGGGGCGGGCCGGCGGCAGGCCGGGGAGUGGAGUGGGGAGGAGGGAUCGGCCGGCACACGCCGCCCCUGGCAGGCGGCCCGAGCGCGCACGAGGAGCUGCCGCUGCCGCCGCCGCCGCCGCCGCCGCCGCCGCUCGGGAUCGCCUUGAGCCCCAGAUUCCCGAGCGCUCGGCUCUCAUGGCAGCCGCCUCGGCCCCCGGCCCCGAGGCCCGCUAGGGGCGGCUCCGCGCCCCAGCUCGGCCCCACAGCGGAGCCCGUCGGAUCCGGCCUCGCCUUGCGCCCGGAGCGCGCCGCCUCGCAGCCCGAGAACCGCAAUCCGUGCAGCUUAUCUCCGCACCCGACCGCCUCCCAGCCUGUGCCGUCCCACAGGUGUCCGCACGUACGGCCUUCCAUCCGUCCGUCCUUCCUGGGGCCGGCGCUGACCAUGCCCAGCGGCUGCCGCUGCCUGCAUCUCAUGUGCCUGUUGUGCGUCCUGGGGGCACCGGUUCAGCAUGCCGUAGCCGAUGUCUGCAGCUCCCACUGUGACCUGACCCACGGCUGCUGUGCGCCUGACGGCUCCUGCAGGUGUGACCCAGGCUGGGAGGGGCCGCACUGUGAGCGCUGUGUGAGGAUGCCUGGCUGCCAGCAUGGUUCCUGCCACCAGCCCUGGCAGUGCAUCUGUCAUGGUGGCUGGGCGGGCAAGUUCUGUGACAAAGAUGAGCACAUCUGUACCACGCAGUCCCCCUGCCGGAAUGGAGGCCAGUGCGUGUAUGAUGGGGGCGGCGAGUACCACUGUGUGUGCCUACCGGGCUUCCACGGACGGGACUGUGAGCGCAAGACUGGACCCUGUGAGCAGGCAGGCUCCCCGUGCCAGAAUGGCGGCCAGUGCCAGGACGACCAGGGCUUUGCCCUCAACUUCACGUGCCGCUGCUUGGCAGGCUUUGUGGGUGCCCACUGUGAGGUGAAUGUGGACGACUGUCUGAUGCGGCCUUGUGCUAACGGCGCCACCUGUCUGGAUGGCAUAAACCGCUUCUCCUGCCUCUGCCCUGAGGGCUUUGCUGGACGCUUUUGCACCAUCAACCUGGAUGACUGUGCCAGCCGCCCAUGCCAGAGAGGGGCCCGCUGUCGGGACCGGGUCCAUGACUUCGACUGUCUCUGUCCCAGCGGCUAUGGCGGCAAGACUUGUGAGCUCGUCUUACCUGGCCCAGCCCCUGCCACCACGGCAGACAUGCCCUUGGGGCCCACCUCGGCUAUGGUGGUGCCUGCCACGGGGCCUGUCCCCCACAGCGCAGGGGCUGGUCUGCUGCGCAUCUCAGUGAAGGAGGUGGUGCGUAGGCAAGAGGCCAGGCUGGGUGAGUCUAGCCUGGUGGCCGUGGUGGUGUUCGGGGCCCUCACUGCCACCCUGGUCCUGUCCACGGUGUUGCUGACCCUGAGGGCCUGGCGCCGGGGUGUCUGUCCCCCUGGACCCUGUUGCUACUCUGCACCGCACUACGCCCCCGCACGCCAGGACCAAGAAUGUCAGGUCAGCAUGCUGCCUGCAGGGCUCCCCCUGCCACCUGACCUGCCCCCUGAGCCUGGAAAGACCACGGCACUGUGAUGGCGGUGGGGCUUUUGUGCCGCCUCCACCUCCUCUGUCCUUCAGACUGGAAUGGUCCUCACUUGCCACCCCUCAGCGGCUUCACACAAGAAAUAUUAUUUUUUUAACACACAGAAUGUAAGAUGGGAAUCUUAUUCAAUAAAACUAUGAAGUCAUAA